AUGACCACCGCAUCUCCUGCCCCUCGCAACCCAAACAGACUCUCCCUGCAACCUCCGGCAGGUCUACCUGCGCUUCCCGCAUCCCCUUCGCCGCUCUCCUCGGCGCGCUCAGCGACAUUCCCGCGCCCUAUCAACCAGACUCGACCGGGAAUCGCGUUCGACCUCCCGGACUCGGACCCCAACGAGGCGUCUACCAGGGGUACCGAGAACUCAGAGUACACCCUGAUCGGCUGCCUCGCUGGUCUGUCUAUCUCUACACUCCCAUCCCUAUCGUCCCUGGAUGGCGAGAGCGAGGAACAACGCAGGAUCUACCUCGGCCCCAAGCUCUCAGACCGCGCCACGGGUGGUCCUGAUGCUGGUCCGCUCAUCGAGCGCUUCAGCUGCCUGUUCAAGGACCAGUAUAAUUGCGCAACGAACCCCAAAGGGAUUGUGUCCAUGGGUGUGGCGGAGAACUUCUUGAUGGAGAAAGAGUGCAUCGAGCUGUUCUCGAAGGCAUUGGCGAAGAACCUGCUCGCUUCGGACCUGUCUUACGGGAAUGACCUGUGGGGCAGUCGACGGAUCAAGUCCGCCCUUGCAGGCUUCUACAACGACUGGUUCGAUCCUGCAGAGCCCAUCCAGCCGGACCAUAUGAUCACAGGCAAUGGCUGCUCGGCUGUGUUGGACCAGCUCUUCUAUACCUUGAUGGACGAGGGUGAAGCCAUCCUCAUUGCUGCUCCCUACUAUACAGGCUUCGACCGAGACCUCAUCGGCCGCGCUCGAGUCCGUAUCGUCCCUGUCCACAUCCCCGAUGAUCUUGACCCAUGCGGCCCAGAAUCGCUGGAAGCUUUCGAGACCCAGCUACAGCAGCUCAAAAGCGAAGGUAUCGUCACUCGCGCGGUCAUCCUCUGCAACCCUCAGAACCCCCUGGGCAGGACAUACCCCCGCUCCACCCUCCUGGCAUACGCCAAGUUCUGCGAAGAGCAGGAUCUCCACCUUGUCUCGGACGAGAUCUACGCGUUGAGUGUGUAUGAUACGCCGGACUGGAAGGAGGCGGUGCCGUUUACGAGUAUGAUGAGUGUGGAUGUGGAGAAGGAGUUGGGGAUGGACUUUGAUCGGGCUAGGGUGCAUGUGGUGUACGGGAUGUCGAAAGACUUUUGUGCGAACGGUCUCCGGGUCGGCUCGCUCAUUUCGCAGCACAAUCCACUGCUCUUACGUGCCAUGGCCAACAUCUCCAUGCUGAUGAAGAUCUCCUCGCCAGCAGACAUCAUCUGGUCUUCUCUGCUUACCGACUCCACGGCCCUGACAGCCUUCAUCUCGGAGAACCGCCGCCGCCUGGCCGAAGCCCACGCACUCACCCGAGGAUGGUUCACCGCUCGAGGUGUGCCUGUUGCUAACAGUAACGCGGGGCACUUUAUCUGGGUCAAUCUCGGCGGGAAGCUCGGAUUUGAGGAGGGAGAAGCGGGCGUGAAGGAGGAGAAGAAGGUGUUCCAGGAGCUCCUGGAUGGCGGGGUGUAUAUCGCGCCUGGGACAGCUUAUCACUACGACAAGCCGGGAUGGUACCGUGUGACCUUCAGUAUUGCACGUGACAAUCUGCUCGUCGGCUUGGGCAAGAUUGAGAGAAUCUUGGACUUGACGGUGACUGCCUAG